GACUGAAGAGGCGUCGCUCGUUGCUCUCUGCUCAUUGUGCGACUACGGCGAGAGAAAUUUCCGCUUCCUGCACCGAUAAACACCCCAACCACCACGAAGUUGGGACAGCGAGGAGACACACGGAUAGACGCGGGGAUCUGCCGCCUGCCUGCGGGUUGAACCCCCCCUCCCCUCCCCUGCAACGACUGCAAUGUUUUCACUAUCAGGCGGCGAUUAGCUCGGUCAACUUUCCGUUCAGACGCGCACACGGGAGCGUUUUUACGCAUUUGCACCACCAGGAAAAAAACCCAACAAGGCAAAGGAGGACCGACAAAGAGAGAGAAAAGGACAACACACACACACACACACACACACACGGAGACCACUACGGGUAUUCCUGCGCCCAGCUCCCCCCGACUGAAGCCCCGUUUUCAGCCUCCAGGAUGUCGGAGCGCGGAGGGCUCCCGCGGACUGGGGGCGUCCCUUCGCCGCACAUGCAGCCCUCCAAGCCGGUCAGCAUCACCUCCAACCGGCCGGUCCACAUGAACCUGUACGCCACCUGGGAGGUGGACCGCUCCUCGCCCAGCUGUGUGCCGAGGCUGUUCAACCUGACCCUGAAGAAGCUGAUCAUGCUGAAGGAGCUGGACAAAGACCUCACCUCUGUGGUCAUCGCUGUCAAACUGCAGGGCUCCAAGCGGAUCCUGCGCUCCAACGAGAUCCUGCUGUCCUCAGCGGGGCUGACGGAGACCGACCUGCAGCUCACCUUCUCCCUGCAGUACCCGCACUUCCUGAAGAGGGACGCCAACAAGCUCCAGAUCAUGCUGCAGCGACGGAAGCGCUACAAGAACCGGACCAUCCUGGGCUACAAGACCCUGGCGCUGGGGCUCAUCAACAUGGCCGAGGUGAUGCAGCACCCCAGUGAGGGGGCCCAGAUCCUGGGGCUCCACAGCCAGCUGAAGGACGCCUCGGUGCCCGUCGCUGAGAUCAGAGUCUACUCCCUGUCCAGCCAGCCCAUCGACCACGAGGGGCCCAAAGCCAAGAUGUCUGAUCGCUCUCCAGACAUCGACAACUACUCCGAGGAAGAGGAGGAGAGCUACUCGUCAGAACAGGAAGGCAGCGACGACCCCAUUCAUGGACAGUAUCUAUUUGACGAAGAAGAGGAGGUGAGGAAGAAGAAGCCGAGGCGCAAGCUCCCUUCCAAUGCCGCCAUCACCAGACAACCCAACAUCAAGCAGAAGUUUGUCGCCUUGCUGAAGAGGUUUAAAGUCACAGACGAGGUUGGUUUUGGCCUGGAGCACGUGUCCAGGGAGCAGAUCCAGGAGGUGGAGGAGGACCUGGACGAGCUCUACGACAGCCUGGAGAUGUACAACCCCAGCGACAGCGGGCCGGAGAUGGAGGAGACCGACAGCAUCCUCAGCACACCCAAACCUAAACUAAGGCCGUUCUUUGAGGGAAUGUCUCAGUCCAGCUCCCAGACGGAGAUCGGCAGCCUGAACAGCAAAGGCAGUCUGGGUCGAGACACUUUCAGCCCGCAGGGGGAGCAGCCUCCUCUAGAGAAGAUGAAACUCUCUCGCAGCCGCAACCUGGAGGAGGCCCUGUCUGAGACCGACACACUGGAGCUGACAGAUCAGGAGCUGUUUGCUGAGGUGGGCCCCUGCAUUAUGGUGUCAGUGGCGGAGAAACCCCGUACACCUCUGAAGAGCAGCAAGAGUGAAACCCAGGCCAUGCCUUCACCAAGGUUGGACGGAGGACACACGCCCAGACAGAAGCGCAUCAGCACGCCCAUGAAGGAGAGACAGCUCUCCAAACCUCUGAGCGAACGCACCAACAGCUCCGACUCGGAGAGAUCCCCAGAGCUGGGACACAGCACGCCGCUCCUGAGGAAGGUGGUGUACGACCAGCUGAACCAGAUCUUGUUAUCGGACUCUGCGCUCCCAGAAAGCCUGAUCCUGGUCAACUGCACCGACUGGCAGGGGCAGUAUGUUGCCGAGCAGCUCCAGGUGCAGAGACACCCGGUGGUCUGCACGUGUUCCUCGGCAGAGAUCCAGGCGGUGCUGUCCGCCGUGCUCACUCGCAUCCAGAAAUUCUGUAACUGUAACUCGUCGAUGCCCCGAGCAGUGAAAGUGGCGGCGGUGGGCGGCCAGAGUUACCUCGGAGCCAUCCUGCAGUUCUUCGUCACUCAGCUCGCCAACAAGACGUCCGACUGGCUCAGCCACAUGCGCUUCCUGGUCGUGCCUCUGGGCUCUCAUCCGGUUGCGAAGCACCUCGGUGCCCUCGAUAACCGCUACAGCUCGUCCUUCCUGGACGGGGCGUGGAGAGACGUGUUCAGCCGCUCCGAGCCGCCGCAGACAGAUCAGUUGGACGUAGCGGCAAGAAUCUCCCAAUACAUCAGCGGAGCCACGGUCACACACCAGCUGCCCAUCGCUGAGGCUAUGCUCACCUGCAAACACAGGACGCGGGAUGAAGACUCAUACCAGAAGUUUAUUCCUUUUAUAGGGGUGGUAAAGGUCGGUCUCAUCGAGUCUGGUCAGUCUCCAACAGGAGACACAGAAGAGGGCGUGGCGGUGAGCCUGGCCGUCCCCUCCACGUCUCCCCCCUCCCACGGCUCACCCACUGGGAUGAUUAAAGAGGCAGCCACGCCCCCCUCCUCCCCCUCCACAGGCAGCGUCCUCACAGUACAAGGGAGUCCCAGCAUGUCUCACGGUGUGGACGCCAUCGGCCUGCAGGUGGACUACUGGCUGGCCUCUCUGGCCGAGAAGCGGCGGGAGGGCGAGCGGCGCGACACGGGCUGCAAGAACACCCUGAAGAGCGCCUUCCGCUCGCUGCAGGUCAGCAGGCUACCAGGAGGGGGCAGCAGCGACCCACAGGCCCAGGUCAGCACCAUGGCCAUGACCGUGGUCACCAAGGAGAAGAACAAGAAAGUUCCCACCAUCUUCCUGGGAAAGAAGCCAAAGGAGAAGGAUGUAGACUCAAAGAGUCAGGUCAUUGAAGGCAUCAGCCGACUCAUCUGCUCCGCCAAGCAGCAACAGACCAUCCUGAAAGUGUCCAUAGACGGCGUGGAGUGGAACGACGUGAAGUUCUUCCAGCUGGCCGCCCAGUGGCCGACUCACGUCAAAUACCUUCCUGUCGGACUUUUCGGCUACAGCAAGCCCCCCUCCUAGUGGUGAGCGCCGGCCGGCUCCUCUGACCACGACCUGACCUUCAACUCUCCUCGAUCCCGUAACACCUACGCGCAAAGACCCCGCCUCACAGCACCUGCAGAUCUGAGAGAAGACGUCGAGCGGCUGGACUGAUUUCUUUCUUUAGUUUUGUUUUGGUCUUAUUUCUCUCAGGAGGAGGAGGAGGAAGAGGGUGGUGUUAGGGUGCAGCGUUGUUACUAGUCACUUUAAUGCCCCUUUUUUGUGCGUGUGCGUGUGUGGCAAGUGUGCAUGCACACGUGAAUGUACAGUAUGUGUGUGUGUGUGUGUUUGUGUGUGUGUGUGAGUGUGUUUACAAGGGGCUCACAGCACAAGUUUAUUAGCUAACUGCCAUUUACGUUUCCGUUCUAUGGAAUGCAAUAGCAUGCAACAACUCACCGAUUUCAAGCCCUUAAAGUCCUUAAAGACCCUCCACUUUCGACCCAGACCCACACGUGCAUGCUCUGAACUAACACAUACACCACUCAUGUGCCGGAAAAACAGUAACUCAAAAUAAAUAAAAAAAACAAGUACAGCAACAGGGCUUCAGUGUUUGCAUGAGCCAGUGAAAACACAAAGAAAAGUCCUCACAAAGUGCAGUCAAACAAAAAGGCUCGCAUGUGAUGAAUUAUAGAUAAAGCAACAGAUGCCCUUCAAAAGAGGUCCGUUAUUAUUUUUUUAUUUCAAGGGCUUCCAUAUAAUUUAAAAUAUUUUUGUUUCUGUACCAAAAUAAGUCAUUUGGAUGUGAAAUGCCAAACGUUUCCUUUAAAGUACAACAGAAAAAAAGAAUAUAUAUAUAUAAAGGGGAAGUGUCUUUUUUAAAAUCGUGCUCUUGUGAAAAGUAGUAAAUCCCUUUGACGCUGUUUUGUGAUGCAUAGUGUACGUUUUUGUGAAGAGUUCCAGGAUUUAAGGGCAGGGGCUACUGUAACGUGCCGUUUUCUUUAUCUUCUUAUUUGCUAUGCACUUACGAAGACGCAUCUGGGUGUUUGCAGAGUACAGCUGGUAAAAAUAGAUUAAUCCAAUCUGCAAUUAUGCAACCGUAAACAACAAGAUGCAUAUUUAAAGAGUUGGAAACCCAGCAGCAUAGAUGGGAGAAAGAAGGAUAAACUCUGCUUUUCCGUGAGUGUCUACACCGCAAACAUGGGAGUUAAACACCUGUAAUAAAGCACAAUGUUGUUCGCCAGUUGCUCCCCUAAUAAUAAUCUUUUCUUUAUUGGCAACAGACUGGCAGCUUCCUAUGGAAGCUCAUUUCAGCUGAUGUGAUGAAGAAAAAAGAUCCUGUACGUCAUUAUAAUGAGAAACUUUCUCUGAAUAAUGACUUCAUAUCUCCAAAUAAUGGCGUAGUAUUUCAAAUAAGACUUGAUAUCUUCAGAUCUACAGAUUUUCUCAUUAUUUUGAGAAAGUUUCUAAUUAUUUUGAGCUACAGAGUCAAGAUUUUGAAUACAUUUCUCAGAAUUCUGUGAUACUAUGUCAUUAUUUUGAGAAAAUGUCUCAUUAUUUUGAAAAAAGUCAUUAUUUUCUCAGUACUUUGAGAAAAUUUCUCAUUAUUUUGAGAAAAUUUCUCAUUUUGAGAACGUUUUUCAUCAUUUUGAGAAAUGUUCUUAUAAUUUUAAGCUAAUAAGUCAAUAUUUUUUAGAAAGUUUCUCAUAACUUUGAGAUAUGUAAAUAUUUUGAGAAGGGUUCUCAUUAUUUUGAGCAAGUUUCUCAUUAUUUCUGACAUAAGUUAGUCAUUACUUAGAGAGUUUCUCAUUAUUUUGAGAAAGUUUCCUAUAUUUUGAGUUAUGAAGUCACUCUUUUGAGAACAUUUCUCAUUCUUUUGAGAGUUUCUCAUUAUUUUUGACAUAAGUAAGUCACUAUUUUGAGUUUCUCAUUAUUUGGAGAUAUGGAGUCAUUAUUUUGAGAAAGUUUCUAAUUAUUUUCGACAUAAGUAAGUUAUUAUUUUGUUAGAUUUUCUCAUUAUUUGGAGAUAUGUCAUUAUUUCAAUGAGUUUCUCAUUAUAAUAUACUUUUUUUUCUUCAUCACAAAGCUAUGUUUUGUUUUGAAAUGUGCUUCCAUAGAUUUCUCUUUAGUGAUAUCAGUGGACCUGGUACAAAAAAAAUUUUAAAAAUCAAAUUUUGUAAAAUUUCAGAGGUUAAUAAGAAAAAAAAGUGUUUCGGUUGAUGUCAGUUAUUUUGGCACAGGUCUGCUACAUGCUUUCUGUAGGAUGUCGUGAGGUGAUUAGUGAGUGUACAGUAACUGGUAACAAGUGUGUGUGUGGUGAUAUAAAUGUAAUGUGGUCAGAAACUAUGAAAAAAAAUCACUAAAUAGGAGGAAUACUUUUUCUACCAUGUGACAGAGGGCAUGCAAAUGGUAUGUGAGUGUGUGAGAAAGAAAGAGAGUGUGUGUGUUGGCACUGUGUGGUCAUUAUUGAUUAUCAGAUUUGGGUUACAAAAGCUGCAGUGGUCGUCGUGGUUACUUUGUAGACUGGCACAAGGCGAAUGCAGAUUUUUCAUUGUUUUGUCACUGAAAACAAACAAAAUCGCAUAUAAAACUGAGUUUUCCUGCAGUAAUUCGAUUGAAAUUCAACUUUGGUGCAAAUCAAACAAUGUAUCUGAAAUAGUGAAUUAUGAAAAUUGGUCUAAAAGUAUAAUUUUUAUUAAUUAAAUCCUGCUCCACAGGCCUUGUGUCCCCUACAUCGUAACACUCUCCAUCUCCAGUAAAGUAUUAGAAAAAUAUUUUUUUAAUAGUGUUAAUGCCAAUGUCUUGAUUUAAAUGGUGUUUUUGUUGGUUUAGAUUCAUUUUCUUCCCGGUGUCGAUAUUACAGUGUUACAGUUGUGAUGUCAGCUCAUGUCUCCCUGCAGGGUUUUUUCUUGUUUGUUCACUCACUGUUUGGUUCGUCUGUCACCGCUGAGCAAACACUCAGUUUGGUGUUGAUUGAUUAUAAGUACUUCCAAAUAUUUUGAAUGUAUUAAAUUUAGUUUACAUGUGCAGUUUAAGGCACAGUAGAUGCAUCGCUAUAGUAUAAUCAUUUGGUGUAAAAAAAACAUUAGAAACUAAAUGUUCCACCAGUCCAGUGCAGCUGUUUUCAACUCUGCAUGAGCAGUUGACGGACAGCCAGUCUGGAGACUUUUCCGAAACGUUUUUGUGUAAACAAGAAGAACAAAAAACAGCCAGUGGACUUUGUGAAAGCACCCUUCUCGAAACCUGUAGUUUGUCUUCACUUGUGUUGCCGACAACCAGUUAAGGGCUCGACAGACGGACAGACUGAUUGACAGCCUCCACACGGAGGGGCUGGGUUUCAUUAUUCCUAAAUAUCAGUGAACUUCAUGUACUGUAGUUUCAUCAUCUCAUUCCAAAAUGAACAAUAUUUAAAAAUGUUGACAUAUGCUCUCAACAAGAUUUGCUGUUAUGAGACUAAAUCUUACAAACAUUUAGUUGUGGUACCACUUUGGAAUAACCCGUACUAUAAUUAGCCACUAAUGACUUAAUUCAUGUUAAUAAAUAAUUCAAGAAUGCAUUAAAGUCCAGGAUUGAGCUGCUAUUGUGCAGGACUUUCCUAUUCCUUUGGUAAGAUAACAAUAUAUGAAAAAAAUAUGGUGCACUUAUAAAGUCAUAUGUUGACAAUAAGUCAAAUUACUACUUCUGUAUGUGAAAGAACCAGGAAUGUAUCACCUAAUUCUUUAGCUUUUUCAGGUCUACAAAGUGAAUUCUUUCAUGUGGCGCAAUUACAUACAAAAACGGGCAUUUUUGCCUAUUUUUCCACAUAGUUCAUGUGUGUGACAUAUUCAAGUAUUUGCACUUUUUAUGUCUUUAUAUGUAAUUAUGCCUUAAAAGUAAAAUAUAUUAUUAUAUUAAUAUUUGUUUUUGCACAUUUGUGUGAGUUUAAACUUCAAACUAACUUACUAAACUAAUUCAAGAGAGAAAUAUGUGUGACUCUGUGUUGCGAAAACCAUCAGCUGUCAGAUUCCUGAAUCUGAAUCCAAACUCCAUUCAGAAAACAUGCAUUUUUAAACUUUUUUGCUUGUCGUCUUGCAGACAGACCUGAUAAAGCAUGAAAUUAGACUUUAUACACGUUGGCAUCAUGAUGUAGAUAAUUCGGCAUACUUUUAAUCAAUUUAUUGCAAUUAAAUCCCAGUUAAAUCAGUUUAUUUUGGGGUAAUAGCACCGUAGUGGCAGUCAUCCAGUUCCUGGAGAAAGUAGUGAAAGUCACCAAGCUGUGUGCACCUUCAGGAUGAUGUUAAGAAGCAAUGGCCUUUGUUUUUCUGACUUAUCUAGUACAAAGCAACAGUAGUGUUUUUUUCGGCCACAUUUGACUGAAAAGGCAGCAUUGUUUACACCGGUACAUCUCUCGAGUUACUUGAAUAAUCAUAAAUGUAAAUCCUGUGAUCAAACUCAAUCGAGUGAUGCAAUUAAAAAAUUUAUUGUUAUUAUUGAGAAUUGCUAAAUUGUUCUCCAGAAAUAACUGUAAAAUGAUAAUAUGUCGAUGUUGAAUUUGCCUCGUUUUUGCUGCCCCCUAGUGGCCAAAUAAAUGAACAAUGUUGCAGCAAAGUUUAAGCGUUAGUAGGUCAUUGUUAAGAGGUUUUUUAGUGAAUUGUAGCAUAAUGAAACGAAAAAGGAACAGGAUAUACUGCUGAACCAAAACUUUUUUCAUUCAGGCUCUAAUUUAAGUCAUUAGAAAGCUUUUAGAGUACGCGUUAUUAUGAAAGGGUACCACAUUUUUAAACAUUUUAAAAUGGAUUUCAAAAUAAAAGCCUUAUCCAAAAAUACAUUUAUUUAUUUUAUUGGAAUGAAAUGCUUGUUGUUUUUUUGGAUUUUUCUUUUUUUACUGUAACUGUACUUUUACUGUAACAAUGGAGGGUCAAUUUUCUUGAAUCUGCUGUUAGAGACAACCUCUACUAACUCAAAAUGCUCUCUGCCUUGUAGUGUUUUUCGCCUAAUUAUUGCAAUGAUGUGAAUCAGAGCUUAAAGUCUUGGUAUAUAUAUUGAUGCCUCUUUCGCUUGCAGCCUCCACAGAGGCAAUGGAUUGGAAAUAGAGAGGCAUUAAAAACAAAAUCACUGCCAAAAACCAAAAUGUGAAGAAAUUGUGAUUACAUUCAGAUAGGUUUGUGAGUUUUUUUUGGGGUGCUCUUAAGUUAAAACACAAUAACAACAAAGUGAUCCUUGUCUUAAGUCAUCAUUUCAAUGUUUGGAGGAACUUUUUUUCACAGCCAUGUUCUGCAGCUCCACCUUUCCUGUCAUUCUUCCAGUUUACACGUUUGAAAACGCUGGUUAUUCUGUAUGUAAGUCUUGAACUUGUUCCUGUGUGUUUCUUACCUGUACCUCUGUACCUGUGUCGACCCGUGUUUGUGACGAUGGUUCCUCUGUCCUUGACUAGUCGUGGUUAGAGAUUAGGAGCUGUUUGGUCCAUCAAUAAUCUCUGUCAGUGAUCAGCAGUGUCUUUUCUCUCCACCGUCCUCAGAUAUACCUCUGAUGAUGAGAGAGUCUUCUUCACCAGGCUUCCACAAGCUUAGCUUUCUAAAAAAAAGUCAUCUGAAAUGAUAUUGUCCCCAUUCCCUAACAGCUUGUACAUUUUGCCAUCUGUCCUCACGGGAACGGGAUUUGCCUACUAAAGCAGUAGAUUUCUGCCUGACGAGGUUUCUGCUCGGCGCAGAGCUUCCUAAGCUUGUGGACUUGUGGAGAGUAUUUUGCACAUGCCAUUGUUUCUUCAGCAGCAGUCUUCAGCUUUUUUGCCUUUUGCCUAUAACAAUAAUUAUAAUAAACUAUAAUGCUUGUACAUAUCAGAUAGUACUUGUUAUAUUGUAUUCUAGUUCUGUUUUUCUUUUCUUAAUUUGACAUGUUUUGUAGUACUGCUUUUUCAUGAUUACGUUUGUCAAUCAAACAGAUGUGGGAUGAAAAGUGGAAGUGUUCAUUGUUUCAUUUGUUUUUUAAAAUAAAAAUAUUCCUGAUUUGUA